GGUCUGGCUCUCUAGUCUCCAGUCCAUAGACCGCUUCCACGCAACCCAUCUUCCUCUUCCGCCAAAUCCCCCCCCAGAACCCUAGCCCCCGCCGCCGGCCGCCCCCGCCCGCGUCUCGGAAUGGCCGGCGCCGCCGUGCUCCGGCGAUCCGCUCGCGGGAUUGCGCGGCAUAUCGCCGCCGCCCCCUCCUUGUCCCGGAACGCGCUCCAGCAGCCCGAGCGCCUCCUCUCGUCGCAGGCGUCGCCGGAGCACGGCGCGCGCGGCGCGGUGUCCGGGUCCGAGCUGGCGCUGUACCCGCCGGAGCGGGUCCGGAACUUCUCCAUCAUCGCCCACGUCGACCACGGAAAGUCGACGCUCGCGGACAGGCUGUUGGAGCUCACCGGCACCAUCCAGAAGGGCCAUGGCCAGCCCCAGUACCUCGACAAGUUGCAAGUUGAGAGAGAAAGGGGAAUUACAGUCAAAGCACAAACAGCAACUAUGUUCUAUAGGAACACUACUGCAUCCCAGGACUCAGAUGCACCAAGAUAUUUGCUUAAUUUGAUUGAUACACCAGGCCAUGUGGAUUUCAGCUAUGAGGUAUCCAGGUCCCUUGCAGCUUGCCAGGGUGCUCUUUUAGUAGUUGAUGCAGCACAAGGAGUACAAGCUCAAACAAUCGCAAACUUUUACCUUGCAUUUGAAUCAAAUUUGAGCAUCAUUCCUGUGAUUAACAAGAUUGAUCAGCCGACUGCUGAUCCAGAUAAUGUAAAGGAUCAAUUGAAGAGGUUAUUUGAUAUUGAUCCAAGUGAAGCCCUGCUCACUUCUGCCAAGACUGGGAAAGGCCUUGAACAUGUAUUACCUGCUGUAAUUGAACGCAUACCUUCCCCACCUGGGAAAUGUGAUUCACCUGUACGGAUGUUGCUUCUGGAUUCCUACUAUGAUGAGUACAAAGGAGUGAUUUGCCAUGUUGCUGUUGUUGAUGGUGCUCUGCGUAAAGGUGAUAAGAUAGCAUCAGCUGCAACUGGCCGUGCAUAUGAAGUUCUGGAUGUUGGCAUUAUGCACCCUGAGCUUACACCUACUGGAGUGCUCUACACUGGACAAGUUGGGUAUGUUAUUAGUGGAAUGCGUUCAACUAAAGAAGCACGCAUUGGCGAUACCCUUCACCAGGCAAAGAGCAUUGUUGAGCCACUUCCUGGUUUCAAGCCUGCAAAACACAUGGUCUUCUCUGGUCUCUAUCCUGCUGAUGGUUCUGACUUCGAAGCUCUUAGCCAUGCGAUUGAGAAACUAACAUGUAAUGAUGCCAGUGUCUCUGUUACAAAAGAGUCAAGCAAUGCACUUGGCAUGGGAUUCAGAUGUGGCUUCCUAGGAUUGCUACACAUGGAUGUAUUCCACCAACGGCUUGAGCAAGAAUAUGGAGCUCAAGUCAUAUCGACCAUACCAACCGUACCUUAUAUUUUUGAAUACGGUGAUGGAAGCAAGGUACAAGUUGAGAACCCUGCUGCUUUGGCUUCUAAUCCUGGAAAGCGUAUAACCGCCUGUUGGGAGCCCACAGUUAUUGCAACAAUCAUUAUCCCUAGUGAGUAUGUUGGACCUGUCAUUAUGCUUUGUUCAGAAAGGAGGGGCGAGCAGCUGGAAUAUACAUUUAUUGAUGCCCAAAGGGCUAUGUUGAAGUACCGAUUACCAUUGAAGGAGAUAAUUGUGGACUUUUAUAAUGAGUUGAAAGGCAUCACGUCUGGUUAUGCUACUUUUGACUAUGAAGAUUCCGAAUACGAACAGUCUGAUCUAGUUAAGAUGGACAUCCUUCUUAAUGGUCAACCUGUUGAUGCUAUGGCAACUAUAGUGCAUAACCAGAAGGCUCAGCGGGUUGGAAGGGAAUUAGUGGAGAAGCUUAAGAAAUUUAUUGAAAGACAAAUGUUUGAGAUCACCAUACAAGCAGCAAUUGGUUCAAAGGUUAUCGCUAGGGAAACCCUGUCAGCAAUGAGGAAGAAUGUGCUGGCCAAGUGCUAUGGCGGUGACAUUACUAGGAAGAAGAAGUUGCUAGAGAAGCAAAAGGAAGGCAAAAAGCGCAUGAAACGUGUGGGAUCUGUCGACAUUCCUCAAGAAGCAUUCCAUGAGCUACUGAAGGUCUCCAAUUCAAAAUAGAUGAAUCCACUGACCACUGCAAUUAUAGUUUUUGUAGCUGUCCAAAUUUAAAAGUAGCUGUGUGGUGAUGACUGGCAGCCCCUUCUAGUCGUCUUCUGAAAGGAGCACAAGUGCUGCAGCCUUGUUUUGCUGAGCUGCGGAGGGCAAGUUCUUUCUGUGAAUACAUAUGGCUUCUCAGCUGGUGCAGACAAAUCCCGAAAGCACUGCAGUAGAGACGCAGUCGUUGUAUUUGUUGAUUGAUGGAGAACCAUCCUGGAGUGCCUGCUGAACCCAUUUUUUGCUGCUGCCUUGUUCUGACAUGAUACGAGCAUCUGCCGUAUCACACUACGCUUCGUUUUGUUUAGAUAAUUCGAGCAGAAGAAAUAGAUUAUACUCAAAUGUUCACUGAAACAAUGCCGUACAUGUUAAAAGAAGUGAAUUGAAUAAAAAUAUCUCAUGUUUCUGGAGAAUAUCGUGUUA